AUGAAUGGAAGUAGAAGUAAUAGUAGUAUGGAUAAUUUAUUAGGUGAAAAUAAAAACAACAUUUAUUAUGGCCCAUCAUCAUCAUCAACUACCUAUCAAUCACAACCAACUCCUCUCCCUUCUGCACCAUAUCUAAAUAAUCAUAAUAAUUAUUAUAAUACUCUAGAUAUAAAUAACAAUAAUAAUAAUAAUAAUAAUAAUAAUAAUAAUAAUAAUAAUAAUAAUAAUAAUAAUAAUUAUAUUAAUAAAGAUCAAAAUAUAAUCUUUAACGAUUACAAUAAUAUUACGAAUGAAAUUGUAAAAGAUGAAGAACUUUUUAUAGAUAUAUUCCCAAAGAAAAAGAAGUCGGAAUUUUUUGAUAUUCCUGCAAUUGGUAAAAUAUUUUUAGUUUGUGUUUUCUUAGAAUUAAUUUUUGGUUUAUCAAUGCUUGUAAUAAGAUUUGCCAAAUGGGAUGGGUGGGAUGACAAUGUAAAAAUUUCAAUAUUAGGUUUAUCAUGUUCUUUAUUCUUAUUUUAUUAUUCUUUUGAUUCGAUUUGGAAAGAAAAUAAAUUUCAAUUAUUUUUAUUUAUUCUUAUAAUGUCAACCAUUUCAAUGGGUGGUACAUAUCAAUUUUACCAUAUUUGGACAUUUAAUAGAGAUGUAUUAAAUUCAAUAAGAUUUAUAUCAGUAUUGGUUUUUAUACCUCUAAAUAUAAUUUUAGGUAUUUUUUCUUAUAAAAAAUUUGGUUGGAAAUUGUACAGGAAAAUUGGAACAAGUAUUGAAUUAAGAAAAUUAUAUAAAAAUUAUCAAAUUUUCUUAUCACUCAUUAAAAUUGAUGUUUUUAUAUCAGGAUUAGUUGUUUCAAAUUUAAUAUUAUUUUAUUUAAAUCAUAUUUAUGAAAUCUAUAUAGAUGUUUCAGUGUUUUUAUUAAAUUUUGUAUGGGCUUUAAUUGGUUAUCAUGGUAUUAAGAAAGAAGAUAAAAAAAUAUUCAAAAUAUUUUUAUGUACAUCUUGGAUUACAGUUGGAUUUUGUAUAUGGAGAAUGACAUUAAUAAUUCUUGACCUUGUGAAUGGUACAAAUGCAGAAAAUAGAAGAAUUCAAUUUGCAAUUCCAAUUUUAUUAUUUUGUGUCAUCUCAAUAAUUUCAAGAGCAAUGGUUUUAUUUUAUAGUAUAAAAGCUUCUGCUAAUUUCAAUAAAGGUUUAAAGAUUGUAUUUGAAAAAGAAAAAAGAAAAGCAUCAUCGAAAUCAUCAUUAAUACAACAACCAAUCAUACAAUCAAAACAACAAAUCAUUUAUACACCAUCAACUUAUAAUAACAAUAAUAAUAAUAAUAAUAAUAAUAAUAAUAAUACAAAUAAAUUUGGAAUUUAA